AUGCUGCUCGGGGCGUCUCUGGUGGGGGUGUUGCUGUUCUCCAAGCUGGUGCUGAAACUGCCUUGGACUCAAGUGGGGUUCUCCCUGCUGUUCCUCUACCUGGGAUCUGGAGGCUGGCGCUUUGUCCGAAUCUUCAUCAAGACCAUAAGGCGUGAUGUCUUCGGCGGCAUAGUGCUCCUGAAGGUGAAGGCAAAGGUCCGGCGGUACCUGCAGGAGCGGCGGACAGUGCCCAUUUUGUUUGCCUCCACGGUCCGGCGCCACCCUGACAAAACAGCCUUGAUCUUUGAGGGCACAGACACACAUUGGACCUUCCGCCAGCUGGAUGACUACUCAAGCAGCGUGGCCAACUUCCUACAGGCUCAGGGCCUGGCCUCGGGCGACGUGGCUGCCCUCUUCAUGGAGAACCGCAAUGAGUUCGUGGGCCUAUGGCUGGGCAUGGCCAAGCUGGGUGUGGAGGCAGCACUCAUCAACACCAACCUGCGGCGGGACGCCCUGCGCCACUGCCUGACCACUUCCCAGGCCAAGGUCCUCAUCUUCGGCAGUGAGAUGGCUCCAGCCAUCUUUGAAAUCCAUGCCAGCCUGGACCCUUCGCUCAGCCUCUUCUGCUCCGGCCCCUGGGAGCCCGGCAUGGUGCCCGUCGGCACAGAGCACCUGGACCCCCUGCUGGAAGAUGCCCCCAAGCACCUGCCCAGUAGCCCUGACAAGGGCUUCACAGAUAAGCUCUUCUACAUCUACACAUCAGGCACCACAGGGAUGCCCAAAGCCGCCAUUGUGGUGCACAGCAGGUAUUACCGCAUGGCUGCCCUGGUGUACUACGGAUUCCGAAUGCGGCCGGACGACGUUGUCUAUGACUGCCUGCCCCUCUACCACUCAGCAGGAAACAUUGUGGGAAUCGGGCAGUGCCUGCUCCAUGGCAUGACGGUGGUGAUCCGGAAGAAGUUCUCAGCCUCCCGGUUCUGGGACGAUUGUAUUAAGUACAACUGCACAAUUGUGCAGUACAUCGGCGAGUUGUGCCGGUACCUCCUGAACCAGCCGCCCCGGGAGGCGGAGCACCAGCACCAGGUGCGCAUGGCACUCGGCAAUGGCCUCCGCCAGUCCAUCUGGACCGACUUUUCUAGCCGCUUCCACAUCCCCCAGGUGGCCGAGUUCUACGGGGCCACCGAGUGUAACUGCAGUGUGGGCAACUUCGACAGCCAGGUGGGGGCAUGUGGCUUCAACAGCCGCAUCCUGUCCUUUGUGUACCCCAUCCGGCUGGUGCGAGUCAACGAGGACACCAUGGAACUGAUCCGGGGGCCCAAUGGCCUCUGCCUUCCCUGCCAGCCAGGUGAGCCAGGCCAGCUAGUGGGCCGCAUCAUCCAGCAGGAUCCCCUGCGGCGCUUUGACGGCUACCUCAACCAGGGUGCCAACAAUAAGAAGAUUGCCAAGGACGUCUUCCAAAAGGGAGACCAGGCCUACCUCACCGGUGACGUGCUGGUGAUGGACGAGCUGGGCUAUCUGUACUUCCGAGACCGCACGGGAGACACGUUCCGCUGGAAAGGCGAGAAUGUGUCCACCACUGAGGUAGAGGGCACACUCAGCCGCCUGCUGGACAUGGCCGACGUGGCAGUGUAUGGUGUCGGGGUGCCAGGAACCGAGGGCCGGGCUGGAAUGGCUGCGGUGGCCAACCCUGCUGGCAGCUGUGACCUGGAGCAUUUUGCACAGCUGCUGGAGAAGGAGCUGCCCCUGUAUGCCCGCCCCAUCUUCCUGCGCUUCCUGCCUGAGCUGCACAAAACGGGGACCUUCAAGCUACAGAAGACAGAGCUGCGGAAGGAAGGCUUUGACCCAUCAGUUGUGAGAGACCCACUGUUCUACUUGGAUACCCGGAAGGGCCGCUACAUCCCGCUGGACCAAGAGGCCUACGCCCGCAUCCAGGCAGGCGAGGAGAAGCUGUGA